CUUAUUAGUCUCUCUGAGGGGACAUUCGCUGCCUGCUUUUAGUAUUCUGCCUUCGUCUCCUCUUCUUUACACCUCUAUCUUGAUUUGAUUCUCUGUCCUUCCUUUUGCCUCCCUAUUCUUUCCCUUCUAACACCUGAGGUCAUUCAUUUCCAUGUGCUUCUUCAUCCGCUCUCUGCGUACACAUCUAAUGCCUUCUAUCAAUCUGAGCAGGGCACAUAGCGUCUCUUAUUUUCAAUGAAGUGUGCGACCAUAUGUUAGACAUCCUACGCUGGCCGUAGAUGGAAUUGCUCGUCAUUUUGCCGGCUGAGAGUUGGCCAGGAGCAGCUUCCUUUCUUACUCCUGGCUGUUGCUGCGACUGGCAGCCUCAACGCACCUGCCUUUUACUGAUACCAAGGCUACCAUCUGCGGGCUCGAUUGAAAGAUGUGUCUUCUUACUUUCUCCUCCCAAAGAAACUUCCCAAAAUACGAGCAAAAUUCAAAUAAACACACCAGACACCAUGUCAACGUGGAACUGCUAUUCAUUCGAUCCGGUGAUUGCACCGCUGCUCGGUUAUCGCCCUUCUGUCACUGCUGGAAUCCUUUUUACGAUUGCCUUCCUUGGUGUCUUAACAACCCAUGUUUCGCAAGCAUGCAACACCAUAUGUCCCUGGAUAGGAAUGGCACUUUCACUCGGGGCUGCAUUUGAGUUCAUCGGAUGGCUUGCCCGCACUUUGGCUUAUCGCUGUCCAUAUAGCUUUAUCCUAUGGAUAAUACAGCUGUCAGCUUUAUGGUCGGCUCCAUACUUUACAAUCAUGGGUAUUUACGGAGCCUUAGACCUCGUGUACGCAAUCAUAGCCCAAAAUCGAUCACCUCUCAGGCCUAAGCGGUGGACGGAUGUCUGUAUGACUCUUGCGGUUCUUAGUCUCAUCGUCCAGGUCACUGGGCUUUUGCUGGCGUACAAGGCCAUCAUUACCAACAGCCCAGACAGGCUGGGGAUUUAUAUCCUCACCGCUGGCUGCCUUGUGCAGCUCAUGUCUAUCGGUAUAUUCGUGGUACUGUUCGGAUACUUGAUCAUUCAAGCGAGACAUCGACUCAUCUUGAGAAGGCCGAUGUGCAAAAAUAUAACCGUGCUUGCGUUUGCUUUGGCUUGUACGAUGAUUCGAAACACUUAUCGUCUAGUUGAGUUGGCGAGUGAAUGGCAAGGUUACUCUUUAACGUACGAAAGUCUAGUGUGUCUUUUUGAUGGGCUGCCUAUGUUAUUUGCCAAUGUCGUGCUUCGCAUCUGGCAUCCCGCAGUGUUGUUGAAUGAGGCGAUGCUAAUGGAGGCGAGAUUUGCACGAACGGAGGAGGUCGAAUUGCGAAGCAUGGAAGAUCAGAACGGGCGAGGAAGUCGCUUACUUGACGAGUACCGACCGGUUUCUGAGGAGCUUGAGCCAGCUCUUCGUAAGCGAUAGUACGGAUCUCAUUCCUAUUCAAGACUCAUGGCUCGGCUCUAGUUCGCAGACGGGAUCUUGCUUCAACUGCCACAUUGAUACUUCACCAAAUAGUACUAGUUGACAUUGUAGAUUGGCUAAUACUGACCAGUGCUAGUCUACAUCAGCAAUCUAUAGCUAAGAAUCCGAAAAGCAUUUCAACGUUCUUGAAAAGAAACAAGAGAUGAAUAUA